CUUGAACCUUUCCAAGUUUGACUCAAUUGACCUUUAGUUUUUCUUUCGCUGGCAGGUUCAGCUGAGCUGAAUCAUAACAGCACAGAACGACAGGCAUACGUAGACCGUUUAGUCCUCAGCUCUUUUCCUCUAUUCAUCAUGAUCUCUUCAACAAUCCGCAUUGCAUUUCGUGCGCGACCGCCGCACUUUCUUCGGCUUGUUCCAGUGGGCAGGAACAGAAAGAUAUCCCACUCGAUAGCCUCACAGUAUCCUACAAACACUUUAACAUCGAGUCGGGCAAGAGAUGACACUGCUCUCGUAGAAACGGAAAAAGUAAAACCAGGUCAUGCUGUCAUUUCCACAUUCGAUUUGUUCAGCAUCGGUGUGGGCCCAAGUAGCUCUCACACAGUUGGGCCCAUGCGCGCUGGCAAGAUUUUUAUUGCUGACCUGCAGGAGUUGCAAGUGUUGGAGAAGGUACCUGAUAGUAGAGGUCUGCAUGAUAGCUAUGGAUCGCUGGCUGCUACGGGUAAAUAUCUGGAUUUCCGAGUUCUGCAUCACACUCCGCAAGCGGUCCUCCUCGGGCUUGAAGGUUCAGACCCUGAAACCAUCGACACGGGAACAAUCUCUUCCCGUUACGAAGCUAUACUUGCAAAUAGAACUCUUCAUCUUGGAGGUAUUCGCCGCAUUACCUUUGAUAUGGACCGUGAUAUGCUAUGGCGGUGGGAUCAAGUACUGAAGACACACCCGAAUGGCAUGCGUUUCUCGUGCUUUGGCGAAGAAGGCGAACUCUUGGCAACUAACGAAUACUACAGCGUUGGAGGAGGAUUUGUAGUAAAUGAGAAGACAAAGAUAGACGAGAAUUUAUUUUACAAAGGUGUCGACAAGAGCGCGGUGCAUGGAGCAAGGUUGCAUCAGACCCACAACGCCAUCGAAGGUGAUCAGACCCCAGCUCAACCGGCAGCGAACGAUCCUGGGCAUCCGCCGUAUCCGUUUGAGUCUGGAAACAGUCUCCUAGCACUCACAAGAAAACACAACCUCACUAUCGCACAAAUCGUGCAUGAUAAUGAACGCUAUUUUGGUCUAUCCGAGGCUGAUAUCAACGACAAGCUCAUGCGGAUAUGGGCGGUGAUGGACGAUUGCAUCCGAUCAGGGGUGAGCACUGCUGAGAAGACUCUCCCCGGUCGUCUGGGUCUCCGACGCCGUGCCCCGAUGCUGUACAAACGCUUGAUGCGAGGGUUCUAUCCUGGGAUUGCAACACCUGAUUUGCAACUCAUCGGCUCCGCAUCUACCCCUCCUGUCGCGGCAAUAGAUGCACCAGAAUCAGAUAUACAAUCUUCGCCUUAUGCAGACGGAAGUGACGGACGUGGUGGAGUACGUGCAUCAGGAAAAAAUACGCAUGCCCCAUGGGUUACAGGCUCGUUCGACCAUGCAAUUCUGCCAAUGCCUCCGCGUAAGACAAUGAUACCCGCUGUCGACUUCCUUUCUUGUUAUGCAAUUGCUGUAAACGAAGUCAAUGCCAGUGGGGGGCGCAUCGUCACCUCACCAACGAACGGUGCGGCGGGUGUCAUCCCUGCUGUGCUGAAAUAUGUCAUCGAAUUCAUCAGCGAUGACCCCGAGAAAUCGAUCAAGACCUUCUUACUGACCGCAGCGGCAGUGGGCAUGCUAUUCAAGAGGGGCAGCACAAUUUCAGCUGCGGAAGGAGGGUGUCAGGCGGAAGUUGGUGUUGCGUGUUCUAUGGCCAGUGCUGGUUUUGCUGCCUGCAUGGGUGCGUCGCCCGAAACUGUCCUUCAGGCUGCAGAAAUUGGCAUUGAACAUAAUCUGGGAUUAACUUGUGACCCCAUCGACGGGCUGGUCCAAGUGCCUUGUAUCGAACGAAAUAGCCUGGGCGCUGUGAAGGCUGUGACCGCGGCUCAGCUUUCCAUGGCUAGCACUGGUGUAUACCGUGUAACCUUGGACGAGGCAAUUGAGGCGAUGCGCCUCACCGCGGCUGAUAUGAGCGUCAAAUAUAAAGAAACUAGUCUAUCCACAACCGUGAAAAUUCCGCUGACUGUGCCUGCAUGCUAAGUAAUCCGCUUAACCAACCACAAUGACUGGAUUUCAUUCUUUGUUGAAUAUACCUGCUUUCUAGAAUAUAGAUGGUCUGCUUCUGAUUCUGAUCAAUAGAUGACUCAGUAAUUUUUAUCUGUACCUUGAAUAAUUGACAUUGGUUUUUUUGCAUAUAA